CCCUCGUUUUGCGCGCGCCCUCCUCCGGUUCUCCUUCAGACUGAAACGGAAACUCACGCGCGCGCAGCGAUUCACGCUCGUUCCUUUCGGAUCCGAGUUUUGUUUUUUGCAGCGCGGGUCUCCGUGACGCGAGGAGAUGGGACUGGGUCCCGGAGGUCCCGGAGGUCCCGGAGGUCCCGGAUGUCCCGGAGGUCCUGCAAUCUAACGCUUGUUUUUCACACUUUUCUCACUUCGCUGCUCUGCGUUUUCUUCACGCAGAUCAAAGUUGUGAAGGUUGUCUACAGUUUCCAGACGAGCUGCUGGUUGUCCCCGAGUCUCCAGGAGGUUUUUAACGCUUGUUAAAAGCCUGAUUUUUAGCUUCCGCCCUUUGGAGGAUUCCCACCUGAAUGUAGUCGCUCUUCUCUGUCUCUGAACCUGCGGAUGUGUACUUUUAUUCUGCGGGACUUUCCACUCACUUUGCUUCCAGAGCACCGGCUGCUUCACCUGUAGGAGAAGAAACCCUGGUGGUCCACAGCAGUUUCCCACUUGAUCGCCUUCAAAUCAGAACUUAGUUUUGAGGAAGGAGAGAAGGAACUGGGAGGACUGGUUACUGGUUCUGGUUCUACACACUUCUCCUCGAAGUUUGCUCAGUGUCUUUUCUUCAACAUCUAGAAUGACACAUUUUCACAUCUCUAUGAGUCUCUAGAGGAACCCGGGGAUUUUACGGACUCCAGUAUGCAAAACCUUGAGGACCCAAGAGAAGGAAACAGCUGCUCAGUAUCUGGAGGAACCAAGAGGAGAGUCCAAAGAGCCCAUAAACCAGAAGAACCCUACCUCCAUAAAGAGGUGCUCCGAGAAAACGGAAAUCUAGGUAAUUUCGUAAGUAUCUUAAGAAACAUAAUGCCAUUGAAGAGCUGUUGAGAAGCUGUAAACUUCCUGUAGAACCAUAAAGAUCCUUGAAAAAAUCCAUCUGACGAUCAAAACCCAAAGGACUUCUGACAAUCUCUAGGAUUGAUCCAGGAAGGAAUUUAUAAACAACUUCAGGGUACCUUAAGACUCUUGAGCAAUCUCUGGUUUUUUUCUAGAGCUUAGAGGGACCCUUAGACCCCCCAGUAAUCCUGGAGGGCAAAACAAACUUCACAGUACCAUCAAAAAUCCUAAUAAAGUGAGGAAACCAUGAGGCCAAUUAGGGAUAUGAAGAACACUGAGGAACCUGAAUUGUAGGAAAUCUGCAAACGUUUAAAGACCUUUAGGAUCCUUGAGGUUAUGUACUUUAAGGAGUCCUUCGAGGACCCUCACACUCCGGAGGAACCCUGAGGACCCCCCCAAUGGGCACCCUGCGAGACCUGCAGUACGCCCUGCAGGAGAAGAUCGAGGAGCUGCGGCAGCGCGACACCCUGAUCGACGAGCUUGAGCUGGAGCUUGACCAGAAAGACGAGCUGAUCCAACGGCUGCAGACAGAGCUGGACAAGUACCGGUCCGUGCUGCGGCCCGCCACGGCCCAGCAGGUCCAGGCCCAGCAGCAGAACCUGGUCCCGCAACCGGACCAGCACCGCAGCAAGCGGCAGGCUAUCUCCGCCGAGCCCACGGCCUGCAACAUCAGCGACCUGAGCCACGUGACCCUGCCCUUCCAUCCCAAGAGCCCCCAGUCCAAGGAGAUGAUAAAGGACGCCAUCUUGGACAACGAUUUCAUGAAGAACCUGGAGCUGUCUCAGAUCCAGGAGGUGGUGGACUGCAUGUACCCCGUGGACUAUGGAAAGGACGCCUGCAUCAUCAAGGAGGGCGACGUGGGCUCUCUCGUCUACGUGAUGGAAGAGGGGAAGGUGGAGGUGACUAAGGAGGGGAAGAAGCUGUGUACGAUGGGUCCAGGCAAAGUGUUCGGGGAGCUGGCCAUCCUCUACAACUGCACCCGGACGGCCACCGUCAUGACGCUGAUGCACGUGAAGCUGUGGGCGAUCGACCGUCAGUGUUUCCAGACCAUCAUGAUGAGAACCGGACUCAUCAAACACGCCGAAUACAUGGACUUCCUCAAGAGUGUCCCCACAUUCCAGGGUCUCCCGGAGGAGACGCUCACUAAACUGGCUGAUGUAAUGGAGGAGACUCACUAUGAAGAAGGAGAGUUCAUCAUCAGACAGGGAGCCAGAGGAGACACCUUCUUCAUCAUCAGCAUGGGAAAGGUGAACGUGACCCAGGAGGAUUCAGCCAAUCAGGAGCCAGCUCACCUCAGAGUGCUCAGCAGGGGAAGCUGGUUUGGAGAGAAGGCCCUGCAGGGUGAAGAUGUGAGAACAGCAAAUGUCAUCGCCGCCGAGGCCGUCUCCUGCCUGGUCAUCGACCGAGACUCCUUCAACCACCUGCUUGGAGGACUGGAGGACGUCUCCGUCAGGGGACACGAGGACGCUGAGGCCAAAGCCAGGUACGAGGCGGAGAACACCUUCUUCUCCAGCCUGAAGCUGAAGGACUUCAACAUCAUCGACACGCUGGGAGUCGGCGGCUUCGGACGCGUCGAGUUGGUGCAGUUGAAGAACGAGGAGGCGAAGACAUUUGCCAUGAAGAUCCUGAAGAAGCGACACAUCGUGGACACGAGACAACAGGAACACAUCCGCUCGGAAAAACACAUCAUGACCGAGGCGCACUCCGACUUCGUCGUGAGGUUGUACCGGACCUUUAAAGACACUAAAUACUUGUACAUGUUGAUGGAGGCCUGUCUGGGAGGAGAGCUGUGGACCAUACUGAGAGACAGGGGCUCGUUUGAGGACUCCACCACCAGGUUCUACACAGGCUGUGUGGUCCUGGCCUUCGCCUACCUGCACGCCAAAGGCAUCAUUUACAGAGACCUGAAACCUGAGAACCUCAUCCUGGACAGCCGCGGAUACGCCAAACUGGUGGACUUUGGUUUUGCCAAGAAGAUUGGUUUCUGUAAGAAGACGUGGACGUUCUGCGGGACGCCGGAGUACGUGGCUCCGGAGAUCAUCCUCAACAAAGGCCACGAUGUGUCUGCAGACUAUUGGUCUCUAGGAAUCCUGAUGUACGAGUUGCUGACCGGCAGUCCCCCGUUUUCAGGUCCGGAUCCAAUGAAAACCUAUAACGUCAUCCUGAGGGGCAUCGACAUGAUCGAGUUCCCCAAGAAGAUCCCCAAGAACGCCGCCAGCCUCAUCAAGAAGCUCUGCAGAGAUAAUCCCUCAGAGAGACUUGGAAACCUGAAGAACGGAGUCAAAGACAUCCAGAAGCACAAGUGGUUCGAAGGUUUUAACUGGGAGGGUUUGAAGAAGGGAACUCUGACUCCUCCCAUCACACCCAAUGUUUCCUCUCCGACCGACACCGGCAACUUCGACAAUUUUCCCGAAGACGCAGACGAGCCGCCACCAGACGACACCUCCGGAUGGGACUACGACUUUUAGUCGGGAUUGAUACCCGAGUGAGGUCGGAAUCCGAGGCAAAGGAGACUUCUCAAUGGGGCUAAUGGAAGAUGAGCUUCACGAGCCACCUGGAGGACCUUUUCUCCCCAAGUAGCCGACUGUGUCCUGAGUUUUUAGAGCCUUGUGGGAUUCAAACUCCCGAUGAUUUGUCGCCACAUUGUGCCCUCGUGUGGUUCAUGCUGAGUGUGAGGAAAGGCGGCGGAAGGGACUCCAAUCAAACUGGUCCCUCUACCUGGAGGAAUAACUAACCAUCUGAUAAACAUCUGAUGAUGUGUCUCCAAGUCCAGGGAGGACUUCUUCCUGAAGUCUCUCAGUGGAGGAAGAAGGUCCGAGAAAUCUCUGAGUGACAAAUACCUGCUUCAAAAGGUCAAUGAAGUCAUCCUCUUGAUUUUAGUAAAAGAACUCUGGGACAAAACCCCUCCAUGUCCCAAAUAGAAAUAAUCGAGUCCAUAAAUCUCUGAAGCUCUUCAGUCUAAAUGUUGUCGCCAGAGAAAUCUCAUUAUGAAAUGUGCUCAAUGGACCCAGUGAGAGACAGUAGAGACAGUAGAGACAGUAGAGACAGACGAGCCAACGUGGCUGUAAAGAAGAUGGCCGAUCUCAUAACAUCGGACAGCCAGUGGAAAAACGCUGCUCCGCUGAGGCUGAUGCUUCACACAAGGUUACGCUCACACAACUACUGCUGCCCGAUUCUGGAAGUCCUCAGGUGCUGAUCAGACCACGUGGACCCAGUCAUGGAUCUCUGUAUUUGGGCCAGAAAACCUGAGGUCACCGUGAUGCCUUCACUCGUCGCUCAUAGCCGAGGAACUCGUAAGUCGGGUGUAGCGGCAGAUGACGUUUUCUGCUUUUAAACUUUCCUUUUCCAUCCUUCUAAUGGAGUGAAUCUGUGCAUCACUGCAUACGAGUAGAUGUUCUCUACAUAUUUCCUUCAUUUGUUUUCUAACACACGCACAAACACUCCUUUUUCACACACACAUUUUAUGUUUAUUAUCAGCUCUGUUUUUCAUGGUGUUUCAAAGAGGAACAGUGGAGCUGCUUCAUGAUGGAUCCUCCACAUGUCCCACUUUCUAAAGCUGUCUGUUGAAUUGUUUUAUGUGCAGGUCAAGGUCAUGUGACCCUGAGCUCCACAGCCUCUCCUGAAUCCACCAGAUUCUUCUGUUUCCAUUUUCCAAGGUCCGCCUGUCUGUCUUUCAGUAUCUUGUGGCCUUUUGGAAAAUCAGCUUCUUUUUCUCUGAAUGUGGCACAUGAUGUUUUAACGUUUCAGAACUCUGCAUGAAAAAGGUUCAGUUUUCACCUCCAGAGGUUAGCUUCGAUAGGUUGUUGUUGCUGAGAAUGAGAGAUUAGCCUAGCUUAGCAUGGAAGCUAGCUUAGUGUUUUGUUCCCAGUGAGCGCAACAACCAAACACACCUAAUGAAGUAUCUUGAUUUAGUGUAGAAGUAGUGACAGUAACCUGUGAAUGCCCAGAUGUGGAUCAAUAUGUCAACUUUGCAUAUUGUUAUGAAAAGGAGAAAUAUUAAUGUUCAUAUUAAUUUUUAGUGAUAUUUUGUGGUUAUGAGAUUCUAUGAUAAAGUAUUGCAGAUUUAUUUGUAUAUAGGAAUAUGGUAUUUAAUGAGAUCUCAGCUGUUAGUAUUGUUGUUAUUUUUGAGUCUCUCUCUGUUUUAAAAAGCUUUAUGAGCUUGACUGUUUAAGUGAUUUCGUUUUAAAUAAAGGCUGUAAAAAAAGAAGAAA